AUGACCCAACAAAUUCACUCCACCGGCCGCGGCGGCGCCGGCAACAUCGGUCCCUCCGACGGAACCUACACCGACGGCGACAUAAUCCGCGAAGGCAACGCCUCCAACCCAACCGGCUCCUCCGGCCGCGGCGGCGCCGGCAACAUCGGCUCCCCUGCCACCUCCUCUCCCAAAAUCUUCGCGUCAGUGGACAUCAUCCCCGAAAGCGCGACGCGACCGGUCGGUCAGCCGGGGUAUGAGAAUUUCCAUACGGGACGGGCGGGGGCGGGGAAUGUGCACAAGGAGAAGUGGGGGGGACAUUCGACCAAGGGGGAGCAGGAGAAGGGGUUGAAGGAGAAGGAUUCGAAGGGGGGGUUGGUGGAGAAGGUCAAGGAGAUGAUUCAUGGGGGUGGGAAGAGGGAGAAGACGCCGGAGGUGAAGUAG